AAACCUCAAAACUAACUCACAAUGGCAGACCAAGCCCACGCCGCAGUUGUGAAGUCAGCAGCCACGUUUGACCACAGUCAACUGAAGCAUACUGAAACAGAAGAGAAGAACCCCUUGCCAACAAAAGAAGAUGUAAAAGAAGAGAAGAAAAGACAAAGCUUGCUAGAUGAGGUGGCAAACUUCCAGUCCGAGAACUUGUCUCCGACUCAGACCAAGGAGAGGGUUGUCCUUCCAGACUCCAUCACGCUAAAACAGGCCAAACAGCACCAGACCUUUAUCCAGAGUGUGGAAGGACACAGCAAGAAUAACCUGCGCCAUGCUGAAACCCUGGAGAAAAAUUCCCUGCCCGAUCCUACCAGCAUUGAGGCAGAGAAGAAGGAAGUAGAACUGAGGCAGGGCAUUGAGAGCUUCAACAGAGAGUCCAUGCACCACACUGAGACUGAAGUGAAGAACCCCUUGCCAGAUCCUGAUGCCAUCGCCACUGAGAAGCGUGAAAGCGAAUUGCGAUCUGGCAUAGAACAGUUCUCCAAGGACACACUCAGCCACACCGACACUGUGGAGAAGAACCCAUUGCCAGAUAAAGAUACUCUGAAAUCUGAAAAGCAGCAUCAGGGCUUGAUCGAUGAGGUUGAGCAUUUCAGCAAACAAGGAUUGCAUCACACUGAUGCUAACGUCAAGAAUCCUCUGCCUGAUGCCGAAGCCAUUCAGAAGGAGAAGGUAGAACGUCAGCGUCUUUCAUCUAUCGAGACUUUUGAUAAGUCCAACCUCCAGCACGCCGAGACUGCCGAGAAAAACCCUCUGCCAGAUCAAAAAACUAUUGAAGCCGAGAAGGCAGCCUCCUAGACAUCCAGUGAAAGGAGACUAAACAGCGUCCUGUGCCUGGAAACUCUAAAAGGACAUUGUGACAUUAUAACUAUAUGACUACAAGAAAGCAGGGAGGCUUAAAAAAAAAAAAAGAGCUCUUUCUUCACUUAAUAAACACAUGGAUGGUUUUACAUUAGAGGAGAUUUCAAGAUUUUGACUGUGAAAAUCAACUGGCAGGUUUUUCAACUGCGUAUGGUGAAAAUACUGUUGGUUUCUUUUACCUUCAUUUGAGAUUGCAACAAGCAAGGUAUUGCCAUUAAGUAGGAAAUCUAUGAAAUCUAAAAAAAAAA